AUGGAUCAAUUUGAAUUAAAUAAUGAAUUUAACUAUAAUGGGAAUCUAAAUUUAAAGACUUAUCAUCAACCUCAGUUAUCAAUUAAUUCAAUUAAUUCCAUAAACUCAAGUAAUUCUAUCAUUGAACCAGUUACUCCUCCUAAUCAUUAUAAUUAUGAAAGAGAAAGAUUUGAUAAUAGUAUUGCUAGAAAUAAUAUAGCAUGUGGUGGUAACUCCGGCUCCACCACCGCCACCGCGGCCAUGGGGAUGGCAGUAAAUAGUACCCCCAGUGCCGGGAAUACCGUUACCUCAAAACAUUUUGAAGAUAUUGAUAAAGAAUAUCUUUCAACCAUUAAUAAAGUCCCUUUGAAUCAACUUAAAAAUGAAAUUUUAAAAUUAUCUAAAGAUCAAUAUGGUUGUAGAUUUUUACAGAAAAAAAUCGAUGAAAAUUUAAUUCCAAAUUAUUCCAUUAGAUUUUCAAAUUUCGAAAUAAUCUUUGGUGAAAUCAAUAAUAACUUAUAUGAGUUAAUAAUUGAUCCUUUUGGUAAUUAUUUGAUUCAAAAAUUAAUCAAAUAUUGUUCUAAUGAAGACUUGAAUUUGAUCUUGGAAAAUUUAUCAUCAAAUUUGUUCCAAAUUUCAAUCAAUCAACAUGGAACUAGAGCUUUACAGAAGAUUAUCGAGAAUUUGAAUUUGAAUAAUAAUCAUCAAUUGAAUCUUUUGAUUUCUGGUUUAAAACCUUUCAUUAUUGAAUUAAUUAAAGAUUUAAAUGGUAAUCAUGUAAUUCAAAAGAUCUUAAAUAAGUUCAAACCUUUACAAUGUCAAUUCAUUUAUGAUUCUAUUUUAAAUAACUUAUAUGUAAUUGCUACUCAUAAACAUGGUUGUUGUGUUUUACAAAAAUGUCUUAACCAUGUUACAAAAUUUCAAUUAAAUCAAUUUGUUAAUGAAAUUUUGGCAGAUCAUAAUUUCAAUAAAUUGAUUAAUGAUCAAUUUGGUAAUUAUGUUUUACAAUAUUUAAUCUCCAUCAAUUCUUAUAAGAUUCACAUGAGUUUCUUCAAUAAGUUAAUCAAAUUCAACUUGGUUAAUUAUUGUAAUUUGAAGUUUUCUUCCAAUGUGAUUGAAAAAUUCCUUAAAAAUUGUUAUAAUAAUGAAUCUUCAAGUGUUGAUUCUAUUCAUUUUGUUAAUUUAAAAUUUGAUUUAAUAGGUAAAAUCUUAAUCAAUAAUCAACUUUUAAAUAAAUUGAUCAAUGAUCCUUAUGGAAAUUAUGUUAUUCAAACUUUAAUUGAUCAUUUGGUUAAUCCUCAAGUUAAUUAUUUCAAUAUUCAACCCACUAAAUUAUUAGCAUUGGUUGAUCCAUUGCCUGCCAAUAAUGAAUUGAUCAAAUAUGCCAUCAUUGAAAGAUAUUUCAAUAAUUGUAGAAUCAUCAGUUCUUUUGGUAAGAGAAUUCAACUGAAAAUUAAUGUGAUUUCGAAUAAUUCUAAUAACUUGAUCAAUAAUCAAAAUUAUCAUAACUUUGAUGAUUCAAGCUUUUCAAAUCAAAAUCAAAAUCAAACUCAAAACCAAAAUCAAAAUCAAAAUUAUAAUUAUAAUCAAUCAAAGAAUUGUCAUACCCCAACUAAUUCAAUAACAUCUUUUGAAUCAACAAAUUUUAAUUCUUUUGAACCAUCAAAUUUUUCAAAUAGAUCAAAUUCUUAUCCUAAAAUUCAUUCAAGAUCAAAUUCCUUACAAUAUAAUUACUACAUGGAUAAUUCAUUAUCCUCAAAUAUGAAUAAUUUGAAUUUAAAUUAUUCCUAUACUCCAUUAUCAACACCCAUUUCAACUCCUAUUUCAACUCCAAAUCCUAAUAAUUAUUAUAAUCAACCUCCCAAUUUAAACAAUCAAAAUUUAUCAAUUCCUUUACAAAAUAAUAUUCAAGGUUUGGGUGUCAAUGGGAUUAAUCAGAAUUCACUCCCAUCAAAAGAUCAAUUGAAUCCAAAUUAUCAAUCAUAUUUGAAAACUCCCCAAAUUUUUGCUAAUGCCCCUAAUGAUUAUGAUACUAAUCAAAUUUAUUAUCGAUAA